UCCAACACCAGCAAUUACAAAUCUACCUGAAGCCAAAACACCAAAUUGCUUCCAUUUGGUUGGGGACCAUUCAAAUAGAUAGAUCGAUCAGGCAUUGCUGCUCUGGAUCACAGCUCAGCUCACCUCAUUACUUACUUGAGUGGAGGCAGCACCGACCAGACGCCCUGACCUUGUGUGUGUUUUGGAGCUGGAUCGACCCUUCCAGUGCUGGUUGCCGUAUAGUAUCCAGAUCUAUCAUCUUUCUUUUGGCAUCGAUCAUGUUGGUAGAAUUCUCUCCGUGGGAGACGACGGACACGUCGUUGCGUCUGUCUCUGUCUUCCAAGCGAAAACGACCCCGAGUAGGAUUGUCCACUUCGUCUUCGUUGGAUAACGAUUUUUCCAUUGCCGGAUCCUUCAUAACUACCAAGGCGGGGCGACGGAAAAAUCGAGAUUCCCGCAAUGUCUUGGCCAUUACGUCCUCUCAUCGGGUGUCAGUUCUGGUCUCCAAUAGCAAAGGAUUCGCUGCCGGCGCUCCCAAAACAGAAGCUCUGGAUUCCUCGUAUUCGCUUCGUGAAAAUUCCCGCAUGCAAUAUUCGUGUCGACCUGGAAAAGCCACUGCUUUCUUGCCGUCCAGUCAAGAGAAUGCUAAUGAUUCUCCUGGAAAGAAGAAAAAGAAUGACAAUGCUACUUCCAAGAUACCUGCAGUGUUGGAUGCCAAGAAUGACAGGCUGUGGGCCCUUCAGAAUGGAAACAAACGGCUAGUCAUUUGGGAUGCACAAUCAGAAGGACCGGAUCCAAAAGGGAAGGGUAGCUGUGACCUAAAAGAAACAGCACUCAGUAUGGAUCUUCUACCUAGUGGUGUCAUCAUUGGUACCUUGGAAUCUGGAUCCAUCUUUUAUGCUUUCGUUUCGGAUACUAAUACAUCUGUCAAGUGCCACUACAUACCCCAAACCAAUUCACUGCAAGAAAAGAAGCUAAGGCAUGCAGGGUCGUUUGUCUGCAUUCCUGGUAUUUCCUCUCCUCCAUCGUCUGGAACCAAACGUAAAGCAUCCAAAAAAAGUUCAUCGGAACCCGGUGACGUGGUGUAUCUGUAUCAAAUCUUUGUUGAUGACAGUACAGCUACCGUGAUACGAAGUGAACUGCCAGCUACAGCAGUGAAUGACGGCGACAACAAGCAAAUAAUGGCGAGUGGGAAACGCAAAGUAGCUUCUUUAUCCCUGGUGCCUUCUGGAUCGGAUGAACAGUCAUCGUCCUUCUUGAUAGAAGACGCCAACUUGAUAAAAUCCACAAUGACUAACCCCGAGACCGCCACUCUGUACUUUCGAGUGCAUUCUACUCAUAGUGACAACGGCAGCAGCAACAACCACUAUUGCUGUUCCAUUCAGCUUCAGACGGCAACACUGAGCCACCCCCCUUUCCCCGUCCCUUGUAGACCUCAGCACAUUGCAAUGGUCACACCCAAGCUGCUGGCGAUUGGAGCCAAGAAACAAAUUCAACUUUGCGAUGCCUUGACAGGUGUUCCAGUGCACACAGAGGCAUUGCCACCAGGGCUCCUUGAUCACGACGACGACGACGAUGAUUGGAAGAUGCUAGCCGAUACCAGAAAAGGACUCUUGGUAGUGCUUUACUGCCAAGGUGAACAGCUAAAGGCAACAAAGACACUACUCCAGCAAGAGGACGAUUUGGACGCGCCAAGCUCUCCGUCGUUGUCCCAAAUGAGCUUGGCUGCAAGACUCUCUGCCUCACUUGGUGCAUCAGCGCAAAAGCCCAUCGUAUGGACUAAGAGUUCCAAACUGUUGAGCUUUGAUCAGAAGGAAUCGGGAGCAGCCGUACAUGUGGAGCAAGGAGUGGAAGAAGGUUUGAAAAUCAUGCAAGACUUGGAGUCCAUGAUUCUUCGACGAAAACGUGACGGCUACAAGGCAGGCCGCUUGGUCGACACUUACAAUGGCGCAGUCAAAAAAGUCUUGCAACAACCAACGACUUGUGGUGUUUCUCCAAACGGAAAAGGUACAGCCAAGAAUGAUGCACAGGCGGGCGCUUCUGAACGCAUCAAUGGCAUUCAUGAUGACGGAAAGAACGGGAUGCAUCGCAGUGGAGUCAAAGGAAAGGACAACGGAUCGUUGUCCCCAGCCGACGUUGGAUCGAGAAAGGUGUCUCUCUCGGAUGCCUCCAGUGACUUACAUUCUGUUACUACUGAUAAAUGUCAACUCCCGCUAUCCUUCGUCGAUGCCACUACAACAAUUGUGCUUGGACUUUUGGACGAGGCUACAGCCUCGUCGUCAAAGUUUCCCAAGAGUUCAGUGACGAUCAACGAGGAUUGCUGUAGUGUCCUCGGUAGCCUGAUCCAAACUGGCAAAGUCUCAGCUCGAAAACAUUUUGAUGAUAGCGGUGACAUGAGACGUGGACAUUACUUUGCCAAGCUUUUGAGCAAGAUGGGAUGCAAACGAACGCAAAAGGGCAGGCUGUACUCGCCAGUCGAUGCCAUGCUUGACAUGCUCAGCCAUUGUGCUGACAUUUCGGAAGCACAGAUGGUAACAAUGUUGCAUUUCAUGCUUUGCCGAUCUCGGCCUGAUGACAUUGCGCGUGCGUUCUGUGAUUCGGCAUCGCUGCCUGAGAAGCAUCGAUACAAGAAACUGGGCACCCGCUACCUGGAGCUGGCGGCAGAUCCCCAAACAGACAAAAAGGACGAAUCGGACAAACUCAAAGGCCAACUUGUGGUUGCUGGCGCAUCAUUCUUGCUCGAGAAGGUGCUUACAUACUCACACGCCAAUCCAACAUUGCUCUGCUGUGCACUUCGCGAUACGCUUUCUGUCGGGCAAGAAUCACGCCUCCUAUUGCGUCUUCUGAAUGACGUGGCUCUGUCGCAAUCUGCUUUAUUGGAGUCCAAGGUCGACCUGUUGGGCUCUUCGAUCCAGUGGAUUCAGGCUCUUUUCGACGCUGUCGCUGACAAGACGAGUUUGGCCCAAGACUUGGAUUUGGAACACUUGCGUGACACCCUGGAGCGUGCGACACAACAAACGGAGCUUUUGAUUGACUUGGAGCCCCCUCUCGACCAGGCUUUACAGUCGAUUUCCUCAGAAAAGGCACGCGCCAAGAAGAAGCGGAGAAAAAUUAUUUCUUCAGCUUCCGAUGAGCAGUCAGCGCCACCGUAUUCUGUCGAGCGACUAACUUUGUGAUUUGAUGGAUUCGAUUCGAUUGCAUAAUAGUCGCCGCUCCAUAUGCUAAUGCUUUAGAACACCUUUUCGGAUGUGUCUCUCCUACUUUCUAACCAGU